AUGCAGCGGUCCGGGGCGCUCAGUACGCUCUCUGGGCGGGUUUUAGCCCCGCUGCCCGGCAGGGCUGGGGGAGGGGCUGGCUGGGGGGGGAAGCACGUGCAGCCUGCACAUUGCAACAGCUCCAGCUCCUGCAAAUUCUGCAGCUCCUGCAACUCCUGCAGCUCCUGCAACUCCUGCAGCAGCUCCACCAUCAUGUCCAAGACCGAAGAAGCCAAGAGGCUGGCCGGCCGGGCGGCCGUGGAGAACCACGUGCAGAAUAAUCAAGUGCUGGGCAUUGGAAGUGGCUCCACAAUUGUCCAUGCUGUGCAACGACUAGCUGAGAGAGUGAAACAAGAGAAUCUUAACAUCGUCUGCAUCCCUACCUCCUUCCAGGCUCGCCAGUUGAUCCUGCAGAAUGGUUUAACCCUGAGUGACCUAGAUCGGCACCCUGAGCUCGAUCUCGCCAUUGACGGUGCUGACGAAGUAGACUCUGACCUCAAUCUCAUCAAGGGUGGAGGAGGCUGUUUGACCCAAGAGAAGAUUGUAGCCGGCUAUGCCAAGCGCUUUAUUGUUAUUGCUGAUUACAGGAAAGAUUCGAAGAACCUCGGAGACCAGUGGAGGAAGGGAAUCCCCAUCGAGGUCAUCCCGAUGGCCUACGUGCCUGUGACCAGAGCGCUGGCCCGGAGGUUCGGGGGAGUAGCUGAGCUGCGUAUGGCGGUCAGCAAGGCGGGCCCCGUGGUGACCGACAAUGGGAACUUUCUCUUGGACUGGAAGUUUGACAGGGUGCACAAGUGGAGUGAAGUGAACACCGCCAUCAAAAUGAUACCAGGAGUGGUGGACACGGGGCUGUUCAUCGACAUGGCCGAGCGAGUCUACUUCGGGAUGGAAGAUGGCUCUGUGAGCAUGCGUGAGAGAACGACCCCCUGAUGCUGGCAGGACCCCUGGCCCAGCUUGGCCUUCGGACCCUCGCCGUGGAGGAGCCAUUUGGAGAAGCCGUUGCCUUAACGUGUUUGUGAUUAGGUGACCAGUUGCCCCCUGGGAAGUUACGUUUUUUGGGGGUCUUGGAAUGAUGUCAAAUUCCGUUUUUUUUUUAAAGAAAAUUCUAUAAGUAUAUAUAUAUUUUUUCUAUCAAGAAUGCUGUCUUUUUCUUUUUUUUUAAAGAUAUCCAUGAGGUAGAGCUUGACUUCCUGUUUUAUAUGAAACAUUACCAAAAAAACCACUUUUUAAAAACGUGACUUGAAUCUCCUGGUAGCUUUUUAGACUUUAUGGAGAGUUUGUCUUUUUGGCAGGGGGCAUUACAAUCCAACCCCCAGCUCAGAGUCUAAGUACACCAAGGGCACAACCAGGAUUAUAACCUGAUGCCUUAUUGGGACCUUUUAGGUUCUUUUUACUCUUUUCACUUUUCCUCCCUUUGUGCUUGUGGUUUUUACAUUUUAUUACGUUUUAAUGGAGCACAAUAUCUAGAACUUCAAAAGUGCUUGGAGCAAAGCAAUGCAAGCCACAGUUGCUACCAAACAGCAACAACUGGGAGACGAGACCACUAGUCUGAGGUGAUUGUCAAAGCCGGGUGCCACCUUCUUGCCUAGUAUGACUGCAGAGCAGCAAAGCACAGCUAUGAGAGACGUUUAAAACCACCUUUUCCUUUUAAGCACUGUCAUUGUUUUGCCACACAAGUUUCUCGGGCUUGCACAGUCUCCAGCCCCGGGAGUCAAGUCAUCUGUUUGUAUUCUCAGUGUUGGAAUAAAGCAACUUGGUGCCA